AUGACACCACUAAGAAAGUACAGUACAGGUGCGGCGUCACCAGCGCCGGAGGACCCCCGUGUGCUGCGACCUGACCACGCAGCGUUCGUGGUCGCCGUGGGUCUGAUCGCAGCUACCGUGUGCAUCGCCGUGCCCAUCGUGUUGCGCCUGAGCCUGGUACGCUGCAAGAACAGCGAGUGCCUGUCGCUAGAGCGCGACAUGGUGCGCGCCAUGGAUCCCAGCGCGGACCCGUGCAGCAACUUCUACCAGCACGUCUGUGGACAAUGGGUCCGUGGAAAGAUGAAGUACGGGUAUGCCACCUACAAGUACAGGAACUUCCGGGACAAGGAACUGAUGCAGGAAGUGGUGACUCGCGUCUCCUUGAGUCGGCAACGCCGUCAGACCAGCCGUGACAAGUUGGCCAUACUGUACCUCAGCUGCCACGCAGAAGUUAACAACGAGGAGUCCAUUGGCGAUUUCCUACGUCUCCUUGGACUCACCUGGCCGAAGCGGUCUCGCUCAAGCGCCUUCGAGGUUCUGGACAUUAUGGCGGCCGCUUCGCUGGAAUACGGCUUCUCACUUGUCUGGACAUUCGCGAUAGGCCGGGACCCACGUAGACCUCGACAUAACGCUUCAGCACUUUCUGCGCCUCUGUGCUGA